AUGGAACAAUUGCGGAGGUUUGUGGCCUUUGCUGCGUGCAACUGCAACAUGUGGUCGUUGGGUGACCAGCCAAAGCUUGGCGCCAGCACGCUGAACUUUCUUCACUUGAACGAGUUCCUCAUACUACCCGCGAGCGAGGAGGAGGAUUGCUCUGCUGUGGAGCUCGUGAGUGAUAAGCCACAAAGCCCGCUGCUUUUCAUAAGCCACUGGUGGGGCGAGCUCCUCCGCGACUUCAUGGACUGCCUUGGGUGCUAUCGGAGCACCAAGGAGCUCAGAGAGGACUCCUUCAUGUGGAUCUGUGCCUUUGCAGAAAGGCAGCAUUCAUUGCAGCAGCGGCUCACCGUGGAUGCCCAAUGUAGCUUCCUCGGAGCUUUGACACGGUCUGACCACGUCCUGCUUAUGCUCGGUUCGGACAUGGAAUUGUGCGGUCCAGGUCCCUUCUUUUCUCGGGCCUGGUGCCUUUUGGAGGUAGGCAGGGCGAUGGAGUUAAAGAAGGUGAUUGACUAUGCGGCCGUCACGGUGGACGGCCCACAGGUACUGGUUGAAAGCAUCCUCGACCAGGUUGGCCAAAUGGAGAAGAAGACGCCGCGAUCCACAGCCAGGAGCAUGCAGCUACGCGAGACGACCUUUCCGAUUGAGGUGCUGGCAUCUGGCCUCCAGCUUGACAUCCAAACGGCUCAGACCUCGUCCAAGGCGGACCAUGAAAGAAUCCUGAAGUGCAUUGCAGGCCAUCGGCCUGACUAUGUGUUGCAGCUGGGUGACGCUCGACACUUCCAGGAGGAGUUCCGCAAGUUCAACGCCAGACUUCGGUCCGAAGUGGCGUUGGCGGUGUGGUUUCAGGCGGUGCAGAGCCAAAUGGACACCAAACGCUUGGCACGCGCCUUGAUUGGGGAUGAGGCCCGCACCUCCCUCAUGAAGAACUUCGCGCACGGAGCGGGGUUUGAAGAUCGCCACUUGGCCAUCCUGGCGGCGGCGUUGCCGGGUCACCUCCGGCACUUGGAGCUUUCCUUCUGGAUGUGCACUGCGAUCGGUUCUCCCGGCCUUCGCGCUUUUUGCAAGACUCUUCCCCAGCUGAAGCAACUGGAGACGCUGACCUUGGACUUUCAGCUGUGUUCAAAGAUUGGUCAGACAGGCAUCGACGCCCUCGGCUUAUGCCUACCAGCGACCAUCGUUUCUUUAAACCUGAACUUCGAACGUACUCACAUCCGCAGCGUCUUCGUCUUGGCAAAGGGUAUUGCCAGCCUGAAGAAUCUGCGAGUUCUCGGGCUUGAUUUUGGAGGCAUCGACAACAUCGACGAUCGACAGGUGAGUGCAAUUUCCGAGUGUCUCCCUCCACGGCUGAUCAACUUACAUCUCGCCUUGAGGGGAUGUCCCUACUUCACCACACUUGGAGUUCACUCCCUAGUCCUGGGAUUUCCUCCAGAGAUGUCCAUGUUGUCCCUCAACUUCAGCAGCUGCGACCGCAUCAACAAUGAUGCGGUGAAGUGGCUGGCCCAUAAACUGCCUCGGAUGCUCAAGGUCCUGCGUGUGGAUCUCUCCGAUACACUGGUCGACGAUACGGCCGCGAUGCUAUUGUUGCAGCGGCUGCCAUCAGCACUUCAAGGGGCCAAGAUCAGCCUGAACAACACGUUGGUCUCUCCUUCUGUCCAGAGGGCCUGUCGCAAGCUGGAGACCAUUCGCCAGAUGCUAGUGGAUGGUGCGAUGCGAUCGCAGCCCACGGAGAAGUUGGCUAUCGCCCGCCGCAUCCGGCGCAAGAGUCCAGCAAAGCGUAGUGGCACGACGACGAUUGAUACGUCAGAGUUCAAUUUUGCUUCGCCCACCUUCUCGUCCAAGGCUCACUUUACUCCCUCACUGGGUUUCGGCGAUGCAUCUGUUGGGCCUUCAAUUCGGUUCCUUCUGUCGCUCACAAACAAGACGAAAGGCAGUGGCAACGCUUAUCUAAACACGACCAUCGGCUCCGGAUGGGCUUCGGAGUCUGCAGUGAUGCAGGGUGAAAGAACUCUUCCGCCGAUGCGAUGUCAGACCUCACCA